UUCUGGUCAACAUGUCUUCAGAAUGCUCCUUCAGUAAGGUGUCCUAUGUGAUCUUUUUUGGACUUAUACUAGCAGGUCUUUGGGCUGCUUUCAUUUGGGUGAUGCUGGGCAAACACCCACCAGUGAUUCCACCACCUUCAAGUGCUCCAUCAAUUCCAACACCUACCCACUGCCCCUGCCUUAACAAUGGAAUUUGUCAGAAUGGAGUUUGUUUCUGUACAGAUGAGUGGAAAGGAGAGGUUUGUGAGAUUGCAAACUUCUGUAAUAGUAGCACCAGUGUGUCCCUCACAUUUGACAGGAUACUGAUUGGCUAUUCAGGCUACUCCAAGGAGGAAUGCGAGGAAAACACUGCAAAUGCUGGCAUUCCAAAAGCAACCGGCGUUGUCUUCUUGAAGCUGGAGUUCCCAAAUCAAGUGAACCAGUUCUCAUGGACUGCAAUGAGGCCUAGACAGGCUUGUGGAGCAG